GGAAGCUCAGUCCAGGGCAACCAUGAAGUUGAGGGCCUUUGCAUCUCCAGGCUGGGCUUGAUGGAAAUCCAUUUUCUCCCGUACAAUAGCUAAAGUCCUGUCUUCUCCCACAUUCCAGAGUGAUGGGGCGAGAGACCCUGGCCCUCAGCUGGACCGUGGUUGUCAUCCUGGUGCUGCAGGUGGCUGCAGCAGAGCGCCCCCCAUGGACCCUACCCGGAAAGGCCGGAGUGUUUGCAGACCUGAGUGCCCAAGAGCUGAAGACUGUGCACAGCUUCCUCUGGUCCAGGAAGGAGCUGGGGCUGCAGCCUUCCAAGACCUUGACGAUGGCUAAGAACUCCGUGUUCCUCAUUGAGAUGCUGCUGCCCAAGAAGCAGCACGUGCUGAAAUUUCUGGAUGAGGGUGAAAGGCAACCUGCUCGGGAGGCCCGAGUGGUCAUCUUCUUCGGAGCCCAGGAGCAUCCUAAUGUCACAGAGUUUGUGGUGGGCCCCCUGCCACAGCCUCACUACAUGCGUGUGCUGUCCCCCCAGCAGGGGCGCCAGCCCUCCUGGGCAUCCAGGCCUGUCUCUGCCGCAGAGUACUCCCUGCUCUACCGCACCCUGCAGGAGGCCACCAAGCCCCUGCAUCAGUUUUUCCUGGACACCACGGGUUUCUCAUUCCAAGACUGCCAGGGCAAAUGCCUGACCUUCACCGACGUGGCGCCCCGUGGUCUGGCUUCCGGGCAGCGCCGCAGCUGGAUUAUCUUACAGCGCUUCGUGGAAGGCUUCUUCUUGCACCCCACUGGGCUGGAGCUCCUCGUGGACCACGGGAGCACAGACUCCCGGCGCUGGGCAGUGGAGCAGGUCUGGUACAACGGGAAGUUCUACAGGAGCCCGGAAGAACUGGCCCGGAAAUAUGCUGAUGGAGAGGUGGACGUGGAGGUGCUGCGGGGCCAACCGCCCAAGGGCAAAGGGGACGAGCACGCAGAGGAGGCGCCCCUCUUCUCCUCCUACAGGCCCCGGGGAGACUUCCCCAGCCCCGUCAGUGCGAGCAGCCCCCGGCUGGUCCAGCCCCACGGCCCCCGCUUCAGGCUGGAUGGCAACGCUGUGACCUACGGGGGCUGGAGUUUCACCUUCCGGCUGCGCUCCUCGUCCGGGCUGCAGAUCCUGAACGUGCGCUUUGGCAGCGAGCGCAUUGCCUACGAGGUCAGCGUGCAGGAGGCCGUGGCACUGUACGGAGGACACACCCCCGCCGGCAUGCAGACCAAGUACGUGGACGUGGGCUGGGGCCUGGGCAGCGUGACUCACGAGUUAGCCCCUGGCGUCGACUGCCCGGAGACAGCCACCUUCCUGGACGCCCUCCACUACUACGACGCAGACGGGCCUGUCCGCUACCCCCGUGCCCUCUGCCUCUUCGAGAUGCCCACGGGGGUGCCCCUCCGGCGGCACUUUGAUUCCAACUUCAGCGGAGGCUUCAAUUUCUACGCGGGGCUGCAGGGCCAGGUGCUGGUCCUGCGGACAACGUCAACUGUCUACAAUUACGAUUACCUCUGGGACUUCAUCUUCCACCCCAAUGGGGUGAUGGAGGCCAAGAUGCACGCCACGGGCUACGUGCACGCCACCUUCUACACCCCAGAGGGGCUGCGCUACGGCACCCGCCUGCACACCCACCUGCUGGGCAACAUGCACACUCACCUGGUGCAUUACCGUGUUGACCUGGACGUGGCAGGCACCAGGAAUAGCUUCCAGACACUGAGCAUGAAGCUGGAGAACAUCACCAACCCCUGGAGUCCCGGACACCACGUGGUGCAGCCCACUCUCCUCCGGACGCAGUACUUCCGGGAGCGCCAGGCAGCCUUCCGCUUCAGACGGCCUCUGCCCAAAUACCUGCUCUUCACCAGCCCCAAGGAGAACCCCUGGGGCCACAAGCGCAGCUACCGCCUGCAGAUCCACUCCAUGGCUGACCAAGUGCUGCCCCCGGGCUGGCAGGAAGAGCAGGGGAUUACCUGGGCGAGGUACCCCCUGGCAGUGACCCGGUACCGGGAGUCUGAGCUGUGCAGCAGCAGCAUCUACAACCAGAAUGACCCCUGGGACCCGCCCGUGGUCUUCAAGAAGUUCCUGCACAACAACGAGAACAUUGAGAACCAGGACCUGGUGGCCUGGGUGACGGUGGGCUUCCUGCACAUCCCCCACUCCGAGGACAUCCCCAACACGGCCACCCCUGGAAACUCUGUGGGCUUCCUGCUCCGGCCCUUCAACUUCUUCCCAGAGGACCCAUCCCUGGCAUCCAGAGACACUGUCAUCGUGUGGCCUCAGGAGAGUGGCCCCAACUCUGUCCAGCGCUGGAUCCCUGAGGACAGGAACUGCUCAGUUCCUCCCCCGUUUAGCUACGAGGGGACCUAUGGGCCCGUGUGAGGGGCCCCUGCUCCCUGCUCCUGCCUAGACACCUGGGAUGGAUAAUAAACCCCAGGCCCCAGCUCUGUGAGCAGCUUCUCGGAGGCACAGAGCGGGUGCAGGCCACACACAGGCCACGUGUGUAGGAUACACACGUCCAGCUGCGCAAGCUCGAGGCAUGCUCGUGUCCCACCGUCUCCUGCUGCCCACAGCAGGCCUCUGUUGCUAGCAGAAGCCCCUGGAGCGCUCCACAUGCCGGUCUGCACGGCUGCAGUCGAGGCUUCCUCCGGGGAGGCUGUUGGGCUCUGCCUUGUCGGUGGAGGAAGAUGCAAUGAAAACCCAGCAGACUUCCACUGCCUGUCUCUUCGGCACGCGGCUCUAACCCCUGGGGUUUACCCCAAGGUGGCCCUCACACAGGGGAAGCGCACGGGUAGGCGGCUCCUGCAGCAGCUCUGUAAGGACGCUCGUCCCGAGACAGCCGGCUGUCCGCCCGUCUGCCCAUCUUGAAUAAAUGAGGCCGACCUCUCACGGUUCUAGGUGACUGGCACAAGAGACCUGUGAGGAACCUUCUGCACCAAACGGGACGCCUCUGGGCUGUAGUAAGGAAGAAGAUGGGUCCAGAGUAAGAAAUGGGCAGAAUGCUCACUGUGGGGUGAGCAAGGAGAGGGGCUAUCCAUGACCCCCACGUGAAUGAGAGCAG